CGAAGUUUCUGGGGAUUUCUUUAGCGCGGGGCAUUGUGGGUUUGCUGGGCGGCCUGAACGAGAAGCCAGAAGUAUCAAGCCACUGCUGAAUAAGCGUCCAAGAUGAUGCCCACACCAGUAAUCCUGUUGAAAGAGGGGACUGAUAGCUCCCAAGGCAUUCCCCAGCUUGUAAGUAACAUCAGUGCCUGCCAGGUGAUUGCCGAGGCCGUAAGAACCACCCUGGGCCCCCGUGGCAUGGACAAACUCAUUGUGGAUGGGAGAGGCAAAGCAACAAUUUCUAAUGAUGGGGCCACAAUUCUGAAACUCCUUGACGUCGUCCAUCCUGCAGCAAAAACUUUAGUGGAUAUUGCCAAGUCCCAGGAUGCUGAGGUUGGUGAUGGCACCACCUCAGUGACACUGCUGGCUGCAGAGUUUCUGAAGCAGGUGAAACCGUAUGUAGAGGAAGGUUUGCACCCACAGAUCAUCAUCCGAGCUUUCCGCACUGCCACUCAGUUGGCAGUUAACAAGAUCAAAGAGAUUGCUGUGACUGUGAAAAAGGCAGAUAGAGUGGAGCAGAGGAAACUGCUAGAGAAGUGUGCCAUGACUGCUCUGAGCUCCAAGCUGAUCUCCCAGCAGAAAGCUUUCUUCGCUAAGAUGGUGGUGGAUGCAGUGAUGAUGCUUGAUGAUUUGCUGCAGCUUAAAAUGAUUGGAAUCAAGAAAGUGCAAGGUGGAGCCCUUGAGGAGUCCCAGCUGGUAGCUGGCGUUGCAUUCAAGAAGACUUUCUCUUAUGCUGGGUUUGAAAUGCAACCCAAAAAAUACAAUAAUCCAACAAUUGCACUUUUAAAUGUUGAACUCGAGCUGAAAGCUGAGAAAGAUAAUGCUGAAGUUAGAGUCCACACUGUUGAGGACUAUCAGGCGAUUGUCGAUGCUGAGUGGAACAUUCUCUAUAACAAGUUAGAGAAGAUCCAUCUUUCUGGAGCUAAAGUCGUCUUAUCCAAACUCCCCAUUGGGGAUGUAGCCACCCAGUACUUUGCUGACAGGGACAUGUUCUGUGCUGGCAGAGUACCGGAGGAGGAUCUGAAGAGAACAAUGAUGGCCUGUGGAGGCUCAAUCCAGACCAGUGUGAAUUCUCUGUCAGCGGAUGUGCUGGGUCGCUGCCAGGUCUUUGAAGAGACCCAGAUUGGAGGCGAGAGGUACAAUUUCUUCACUGGCUGCCCCAAAGCCAAGACUUGCACGAUCAUCCUCCGCGGUGGCGCUGAGCAAUUUAUGGAGGAGACAGAGCGGUCCUUGCAUGAUGCCAUCAUGAUUGUCAGGAGGGCCAUCAAGAAUGACUCAGUGGUGGCUGGUGGCGGGGCCAUUGAGAUGGAGCUCUCUAAGUACCUGCGGGAUUAUUCAAGGACUAUUCCAGGAAAGCAGCAGCUAUUGAUUGGGGCAUAUGCCAAAGCCUUGGAAAUUAUCCCACGCCAGCUGUGUGACAAUGCUGGCUUUGAUGCCACCAACAUCCUCAACAAGCUGCGAGCUCGACAUGCCCAGGGGGGCAUGUGGUAUGGGGUGGACAUCAACAAUGAGGACAUUGCUGACAACUUUGAGGCCUUCGUGUGGGAACCAGCUAUGGUGCGGAUCAAUGCCCUGACGGCAGCCUCUGAGGCCGCGUGCCUUAUUGUGUCAGUAGAUGAAACCAUCAAGAACCCUCGCUCGACAGUGGAUGCUCCCCCAGCUGCUGGUCGGGGCCGAGGUCGUGGCCGUCCCCAUUGAGGUGCGCCCCACUCCUCACAUGAGUGGCUGGCAGGCUGGCUGCAGGGUGCACCACUCUCCUGGCUAAUUGUGGUUGCAGGGGAGGAGCAGUGGUUGGCCCACUCUGUUCUCACCGGGGGUUAUUUAAAUAAAACUUGAGACUUAUAAUCCACUUUG